AUGCCCAGCCCUCUUCGUCUCGGCUCCCAAGCCCCCGGCUUCACUGCCGACAGCAACGUCGGCCCCAUCGACUUCCACAAGCACAUUGACGGCAGCUGGGCCAUCCUCUUCUCCCACCCGCAGGACUUCACGCCCGUCUGCACCACCGAGCUGGGCGCCUUUGCCAAGCUGGAGCCCGAGUUCACCAAGCGCGGCGUCAAGCUGCUCGGCUUGUCGGCCGACACCACCGAGAGCCACGAGACGUGGAUCAAGGACAUUGCCGAGGUGACGGGCGGCCAGGUCAAGUUCCCCAUCGUCGCCGAUCCCGAUCGCAAGGUGGCCAACCUGUACGACAUGAUCGACUAUCAGGACCCGCAGAACAUUGACAGAAACUCGCUGCCGCUGACCAUCCGAUCCGUCUUCUUCAUCGACCCUCGCAAGGUGAUCCGCACUAUCCUCUCCUACCCUGCUUCCACGGGCCGCAACGCGGCCGAGGUGCUUCGCAUCGUCGACUCCCUCCAGGCUGUGGACAAGCACAAGAUUGCCACGCCUAUCGACUGGCUGCCCGGCCAGGACGUCAUUGUUGCCAACAGCGUCAAGGACGACGAGGCCCGUGCCUUGUUCCCCAACCUCCGCGUCGUCAAGCCGUAUCUUCGGUACACUGCUUUUCCCAAUUGA